UAUUCUCAAAUUCUAACAUUGAUCCAUUUUUUAAGGGACCAUUUUACCCCCAUAUAUACCCCCUAUAUUAAAAAAAACAAAUCCACAUACUCAAAACACACAAUUUCAUUUUUAUUUAUUUAUUUAUUCAUCAUGGCAGAAUCAGAAGGUAACGCCAAGAAAAUGGUGAAAUUAAAAUCGAAUGAUGAUAAAGAAUUUGAAGUUGAAGAAGCAGCAGUUAUUCAAUCAGAAAUGAUUAAGAAUAUGAUUGAAGAUGGAUGUGCUACUAGUGUUAUUCCACUUCCAAAUAUUGAUAGCAAAACUCUAAUCAAGGUAAUUGAGUAUUUGAACAAGCAUAUUAGUAACGAAGAGGACGAGGAGGAGGAGGACGAGAAGGACGAGAAGAAAGAUAUGGGAAAGGCCGCGGAAACAGGUGAGGAAGACGAUCUCAAGGAAUUUGAUGAACAAUUUGUGAACAUGGGUUGGGAAGAGCUCUUCGAUGUCAUAAUGGCUGCGAAUUAUUUGAAUAUUCAUGAGUUGAUGGAACUAUGUUGCCAAUCUGCAGCUGAUAGACUGAAGAACAAGAGUGUUAGAGCUGUUCGUGAGAUGUUAAAGAUUACUAAUGAUCUUACUGAAGAAGAAGAGCAAGAGAUUAUCAAUGAUGCUCCAUGGGCAUUUGAAGGUCCUGAAAUUGAUGAUACUGUUAACUAGGUUAUGGGAAUUGUAUCGUUUAUUAAUAAAUAGUAGGUAGUCAAGGUUGCAUGUAAACUGAUCCCAACACUAUGGUUAUCAAACAAAAAUUAAUAAAUAGUGGCUGAAGGUCUAUGGAUUUUUCAUUUUUUUAUUCUGCAUGUUGUUCAUGGUGUUUUAGUGUAUUUUGCACUGUUGAAUAAUUGAGUUAUGUGUUUCUUUGGCUCUUA